UGCGGGAAUUUUUGAGAAGCAUCGAGGAUAGCUUGGAAAUAACACCAAAGUCAACGAGGUUUGCGUUAAAGGUUUAUGUUAUAAACCUGUAAAAUCCAAUGCCUUUGUUUAGAUAUAUUGAUAUACCGUGUUUAAGAACACGAUUAUCAUGGAAACGCUGGGUUUUGCGAUCUAAUCAUCCAAAGAUGCCCCCUAAAGCAAAGGCAGCAGGGAAGGGCAGAGGACCAGAAAAGAGAAAGCUUGCUGAGGAGUUCCCCCCUGGAGAAGUACUUACAGAUACUGGCAAGAAGUCCUGGAAACUGGGGGCCCCCAUUGGACAGGGCGGCUUCGGACUGCUCUAUCUGGCCGAUAAGAAUUCAUCUAAAACGGUUGGUGCUGGUGCCCCAUAUGUCAUCAAAGUGGAGCCCAGUGACAACGGACCACUGUUCUCAGAGCUCAAGUUCUACAUGCGAGCUGCCAAGCCGGAUCAAAUUCAGAGUUGGAUGAAGUCUCACAAGACAAAGUAUUUGGGAGUGCCAAAGUACUGGGGGUCUGGACUGCAUGAGAAAGGAGGGAACAGGUACAGGUUCAUGGUGAUGGACCGGUUUGGGACGGACCUGCAGAAGAAGUUUGAGGAGAGUGGGAGGAGGUUCCCCCGAAAACUGGUCCUGCAGCUCGGACUGAGACUCCUUGACAUUCUGGAGUACAUCCAUGAGCAUGAGUAUGUCCAUGCUGACAUCAAAGCAUCCAACCUCCUCCUCAGCCACAACAACCCCAAUCAGGUUUAUUUAGUAGAUUAUGGGCUGGCCUAUAGGUACUCUCCUGAAGGCAUACUGAAGGAGUACAAGGAGGACCCUAAGAGGUGCCACGACGGGACCAUCGAGUUCACCAGCAUCGACGCACACAAAGGAGUCUCACCUUGUAGAAGGAGUGAUCUGGAGAUCCUGGGGUACUGUAUGGUCCAGUGGCUCUGUAGUAAAUUGCCCUGGGAAGACAAGCUGCAAGACUCCCUCUACGUCAGAGACUCAAAACUACGAUGCAGAGAGAACGUCUCAGACUUCAUGUCUCAAUGUUUCUCCCCACAAGACAAGCCAGACGAACUUCAGAAGUUUGUGGAGGAGGUGAAGACUCUAAGCUACACAGACAAGCCGGCCUAUCAGAAGCUCCGGUCCAUUCUGGAGGCGGGGCUUAAGUCGAUCGGCGCCAAAGAUGACGACAAGCUGGAGUUCUCCUCAUCGGUCAACGGAGGCGGGCCAUUGUCCUCUGUCGAGACUCCCAAAAGAAAGAGAGCGGUAGAUUAUGAAGGGGAGGCUAAUGACGAGACCGACGGCACUCCCGCCAAGAAAAGAAAAGCUGAAAAGAAAGAGGUGAAUGGAGUGAAAAGGGUAGUCAUCCCCAAGAAGAAAGCGACCCUUAAAAAGACUGCUGCUAGCCCGAAGAAGAAGGCUGCUAGCCCCGAGAAGAUACUGGUGGAGAUGGCUACUCAGACCACUCCUGGCCUGAAGAGAGGCAGAGGUAGACCCAAGAAAAAGGCAGACCCAUUAGAAUCAGAAUGAGUUGUACUUCUCAUUCUGUGUUCCAGCCACCCUUUAAUUUGAACUACUUUGCAGAUAUGAAACAAACAAUCAUAAUAUCAGUCAAAAAAAAAAUGUCAUUCCCAGUUUACGCUACAAAAUCAACUUUGUAACGGUUUUAAAUAUAGCUUCUAUUUGACUUAACAGUCCAUGAUGUAGACUAAGGCAUUGUUGGCAGAAUAGAUGGAUGCAGUUCAAUGCAUGAUUAAUAUAAUUCACCAAUACAUUUCUUGGUAGUCCCAUAAAUAUUGCUAUCAGGUUGUAAAUCACAGCUGGCCUGGUACAUUGUUUGCUGCCUGCAUUCAGGAUGCACCGUUUUAGUUUCAAUGACUCAAUAUUUUGGACCAAAACGGAUGAAAUGUAACUAAGGAUAGGACUAUCAAUACAAUCGAACUAGCAAGAGCGAUGAUCACAAGUCAGUCAUAACGUGGCUAAUAGGCUAGCGUAUCUUCUCAUGUGUCAAGCUAAAAACGCGGAGCCUAACGCUAGGAGGAUGUCAUGUCAUGCCCUUGGAGGAGUGGUUGAGUGACUGACUUAUUCCUCUCAUAUUGUUUUUCGGUGGCUAUACACAGCUAGAGAUGCAGGUGUCAUUUGGUUAGCUAGCAAGAACUUGAACGACUGUUAUUCAGUUAGCAUAUCUCUUGCGUUUGCAAAUUCACUCUGGCUAUCUACUCCAAUUUCAGUGCACUCUUGUCUGAGUGUGCCAGAGCCCAGAAUAACGGAUGAAUUUGCACUUGCGGAAUAUGACCAGUGUCAGUAAACAUAUGCAAAGAAGGUAAUAGUUAAUCACAAACACUUUAGUUAACAUGUGAACAGCCUAACCAGCUCUGCUACGCUGAGUGAAAUGGUCAGUGAGGUGUUCUCUCAUUUGUGUCUGGAAGUAGCUAGCUAGCAAGCUAGCCAACUUCAGCCAGUUAGCUUGGGUGCUUUGUUGGGACAAGCAUGUAUUGGCAGGCAAGCUGUAGAAUGACAAGUAGGCUACAAUUCCCCAUUGUUUUAUCAGUGCAAUUUUGACAGCCAACUAGCUGAACAAGUUUGAGAGGGUUUACAGUUGUCGGAAGUUUACAUACACCUUAGCCAAAUGCAUUUAAACUCAGUUUUUCACAAUUCCUGACAUUUAAUCCUAGUAAAAAUUCCCUGUCUUUGGUCAGUUAGGAUCACCACUUUAUUUUAAGAAUGUGAAAUGUCAGA